AAAAGGAAAAGUUGCAGUAAAGGGUAAAAUGACAUUAAGAUGUAGUAUAUCGGAUAAAGAAACCAACAAAAACUAUUAUGAUUAUGAUUAUGAUUAUGAUUAUCAAGAGACGUAAUACUAAAUCCUAAGCAAGAAGCAACUGCAAAGAUGAGUAGACAACCAUGAAGCAUGCACACUGUAGCAAACGAGAUAGUAAAAUCGAUGGCCCCUCCACUCUCACACAACUAAUCCACCCAAAAAAAUAUCAAGAUUUGAUUGAGCUUUUCCACCGCUCUUUGUUGGCUGCUGCAAACAGUAAAGUCGGUCGCCUGUGGUGAGAAAGAUUAAUUGUUGUAAUGGAGCAGAGUGAUGAAUUGGGUGCAGCGAUUGAGAUGUCGUUCAAGAAGAAAGCUGCGGUUUCGAGGAAUUGGAUGCUGGUGGACUGCUGCGGCGAGGGGAUGAUUGUGGAUUGGGAUAAGUUUGAUAUCAUGAGACGGCUGCCCAUUAAUGGCAGAGACCUUAGGAUUCUUGAUCCUCUGCUCUCUUACCCUUCUGCAAUUCUAGUCAGAGAAAGAGCCAUUGUCCUCAAUUUGGAGCAUAUCAAGGCGAUUAUAACUACAGAUGAGGUGUUGUUGAGGGAUCCUCUUGAUGAUAAUGUGGCCCCGAUUGUGGAGGAGCUGCAGAGGCGACUGCCUUUGGGAAGUGGUCGCGGUGAAGGAGAAGAAGAGGAGCUUCUUGAAGCUCGGAGUAGUGAAGUAACAGAUUUCCCGUUUGAAUUUCGAGCACUAGAAGUGGCAUUAGAAGGCGUGUGCAGCUCCCUUGAUGCGCAAACUAGAGAACUCGAGAUUUCUGCUUAUCCUGCAUUGGAUGAGCUCACUGCUAAGACAAACAGCACAAACUUAGACCGUGUGCGCAAGAUGAAGAGUUCUAUGACAAGAUUGACAAGUCGGGUUCAAAAAGUGAGAGACGAACUAGAGCAACUCCUGGACGAUGAUGAUGACAUGGCUGAUCUCUAUCUCUCAAGAAAGAUGGCCAUGUCGGCUUCCGUCUCCACUGAUUCUCUGAAAACAGAAUCGAGAUUUUCCACAAGCAGAACCAGCGGUAGUAAGGGCAGUGCAGCAACCACUACUCAAGAAGAGGAUAAUGUUGAUGAACUUGAGAUGCUGCUUGAGGCUUAUUUUAUGCAAAUUGAGAGCACUAUGAACAAGCUGACUACGUUGAGAGAGUACAUUGAUGAUACAGAAGAUUACAUUAAUAUUCAGUUGGAUAAUCAUCGGAAUCAGCUGAUUCAGCUGGAGCUAUUUCUGAGUUCAGGCACAGUGUGUUUGGCUGUGUAUUCUUUAGCUGCAGCUAUUUUUGGAAUGAAUAUUCGAUAUCCAUGGAGGGAAAACCAUGGCUUCCUGUUCAAAUGGGUGGUGAUGGUUACUCUGGUUGUUUGUGGAUUCCUUUUUCUAUGGAUGAUCUCUUAUGCUCGGCAUAAGGGACUUGUUGGUUCUUGAUUACUAUAAUAAGUUUUGUUACAUUUAAUUACAAAAAUUCAAGUUGGGUAGUGUGACAUAUCAUGCUCCGAAAAUGUAGUUGGACCCCCUUUCGACUUCGUCCUAGAAAAUGUAAUGUGUAAGAAUUUAUUUUUAGAGAUCUCCGAAGCAUAACAUUUUCUUAAA